AUGGACGAAAGAAAACCUCCCAAGGCACCCGGCCAACUGGCUUCAGCUGCCAGUGCAUUUUUCGAGGCAAUCCAUCAGGCCGGUGUUCGUUACUGCUUUGUGAACUUAGGCAGCGAUCAUCCGGCGGUUCUGGAGGCGAUGCUAAAGGCAAAACAAGAGAAUUCCCAGACGUUCCCCAAUAUCAUUACAUGUCCGUCAGAGUUGGUGGGCUUGUCCGCUGCGAUCGGUUAUGCACAAGUCACGGGAGCACCACAAUGUGUCAUUGUCCAUGUUGAUUGUGGAACUCUAGCGAUGGGGCAGUCGAUUCACAAUGCAUCUAUCGCUCGUGUUCCAGUCCUGUGCUUUGCCGGCCUGAGUCCUUACACACAGGAUGGAGAGUUGCUUGGAUCUCGAACAGAAUUCAUCCACUGGCUGCAAGAUGUCCCAGAUCAAGCCGCUAUCCUGCGACAGUAUUGUCGGUAUUCAGGAGAAAUCAAGACGGGGCGUAACAUCAAGCAGAUGAUCGCCCGGGCCAUGCAAUUUGCAACCUCUGAUCCGAAAGGCCCUGUAUAUCUCAUGGCUGCACGCGAGGUUUUGGAAGAGAUGGUACCGCCGAACAAUUUAGAUGAUGAACUCCUCGGCCCCAUUAUGCCUCCACCUCUUCCGGAUUCUGGAGUGGAGAUAAUUGCUAAGGCCCUGAUAGAGGCCAAGCGGCCCCUGAUCGUUAGUGGAUAUCUCGGUCGAAACAUGAAAGCACCACCUCUCCUCGCCGAACUGUGCGAUAAGCUUCCUAUCCGUGUCCUUGAAACUGUCGGCUCAGAUGUGUGUCUUCGAAGUGAUCAUGAGGCUUACGUAGGGGUCACUGUUCGCACUCAUCCCGAGGUACUGAAAGCCGAUGUCAUUCUCAUCAUGGAUUGUGAUGUGCCCUGGAUUCCAACCUCGGGAAAGCCGUCGAAAGCGACGAAAAUCUUCCAUAUUGAUGUAGACCCUUUAAAACAACAGAUGCCUGUCUUCUAUCUCAAUGCAAAAUUCCGGUACCGGGCGAGCUGUGAAUUAGCCCUACAUCAGCUCAAUGCCUGGAUUGAUCGGCAGCACCUUGAUGCAUCUCGCUACGCCACCGCAUUCGCGGAACGGGCAGGUGAUUAUAAUAGCUUUAGGCAAAGGUUAGUUGCACUGGAAUCACCAACCGACACGGGAGUAAUUGAACUCCCGUACUUCACUUCGCGGUUGCGCCACCAUAUGCCUUCGGAUGUCACCUAUGUGAUGGAAGCAGUGACCAGCAGUGUGGAGAUGAUACACCAUUUGAACCUCACGCAGCCCGGAAGCUUCUACGCCAGUGGCGCUGGCGGGCUUGGAUACGGAGGUGGUGCUACUCUCGGUGUGAAGUUAGCCAAACCGGACUCGUUCGUUUGUGGAAUUGUCGGUGACGGUACCUUCCUCUUCUCACAGAUGGAGAGCGUAUACUGGAUCGCCCGACGUUACGACAUACCCUUCCUCAUGAUUGUUCUGAACAAUGGGGGAUGGAAUGCGCCGAAAGUUUCUACCAUUCUAGUACAUGAGAACGGUUUAUCGUCAAAAGCUAAUCGAAGAGAUAUGCAUAUCUCCUUCGAACCAUCUCCAGAUUACACCGCAAUUGCGACCGCAGCUGGCAAAGCAUGGGGUGCAGUCAUCAAGGACGUUAGAGAGGUCGACUCGACUUUGGCAGAAGCUGUCAAAGUGGUCCAGGGGGGGGAAUGUGCUGUGGUGGAAGUCCGGUAA